UUUCAGAAGUUUGAAACAUUACUGUGUACUCUGAUUGGCUGAAGCAGCCGUCACUCACGUGGUGGGCGGAGUUAGAGAGAGAGAGAGAGGGAGGGAGAGAGAGGAGUUCCAGAACGACGGUGUUUUUCUGCGUAGAAAAAAAAGGAACAAGAGAAGAAGAGUGAUAUUUUUACGUUCUACUGGAAAACUACUAAAGAAGAAGAAGAAGAAGAAGAAGAAGAAAGAGAAAAGAAGAAAGGAGGAGAAGAAGAAAGGAGGAGGAGAAGAAGCAGAAAAAGAAGGAGGAGAAGAAGGAGGAGGAGGAGAAAAGUUCAUGGACAGAAAACAUGUAAAUAAAUUCUUUGCUUUUUUUCACCAUGAAGACACGUGGAGCUCUGAGGUUGAAGUGGAUCCAGAACCAGGACUGGGUUUAGAUCUGGAUCUAUAAAGGAUGUCAUCAGAAGUGGCUGCAGGUCUGGUCCUCAGGGUCCUACUGCCCCUCACUUUGACUGCAGCAUGUGUGUUGCGGUACAAUGGAUUCUCUCUGGUCUAUGUUCUUCUGCUGCUGCUGGUGCCGCUGCUUCCUGACCCCGCCCCCAACACAGGAAACACCAGUCGCUGUGUGAUGGCUGUCUGUGUCUCCAGCUUCCUCUUCCUCCUACUACAGUCCUUCUUCCAGGUUACCACGGCAACACUGCAGCCUGAGAACAAUUGUACAUCUUGGCAGAAGUCCCUUGCUCAGCUCGGCCUGGUCAGUCUAACAGGAAGUGAUGCAGGUUCUGCAGUGAGACAGGUGCUUCCAGAUGUUGGUGUGUUGAUAGUUAGUCUGGUGACCUGGAGACUGACUGUCAGGUUACAUGGUGACACACACACACAGCAGCAGCAGCAGGAGGAAGAGGAGUUUGACUCUGUGAUCAGAGAGGAGGAGGGGCCAGAGGAGGAGGAGGGGUCAGAGGAGGAAGGCAGCAGGAACAGAUUUCUGGUUGAACUGGAGUCACUGAUUUGUAAAACCAGACACUUUGUGGGAAACAUGACGACGACUGGAGGGAAAAUCCUGCUGACAGCUCUACUGGGACUCACAGGUAUCAUGUUUCCCUCCCUCUCCUCCCUCCCCUACCUGCUCUGUUUCCAGGUGUUGUGUACAUGGUGGGCGUGGUCAGGACAAGUCCCGCCUUUCCUCUUCAGGUGUGUGUCAGUGAUGUCAAUGGUCUAUUCCUCUGCCCACUUCCUGCUUCUCUACUGCUACCAGCUGCCUUCAAUGCAGGAAGCGUGGCCUCCUGACCACACUUCAGCCAGCGUGUUUGGUCUGGUGCCUGUGGUGGUUGUGGACUGCACUGCCCCCUGGAGGCUGCAGAUAAACACAGAGCUCAGCUGGUUUCACUUCAGCAGUCCUCUGCUGCUGCUGCUGCUGCUCCACAUGGUGGCCAGUCUGAGGAGGAACCAGCUCAUUGAUGGUGGUGGUGUAGAGAGGGUGGAGUCAGCAGUCGGGGGUAGCAGUGACAUCAUCACCUCCACCAGUAACCUGAGUGAUGAGGUCAGGGGUGACAUCACAGCAGAGAGGCGGAGAGAGAUGUGGAGGAGGGCUCACAACAGUCCAGAGUGCAGAGAGAUGUCAUCAACCAAUGACAGCCCCUCUGACUCUUUUGCCCCACCUACACAGAGUACUGCUUUGGGACUGGAUGUUAACUCCACGCCCCACUACUCUCUCAGCCAAUCAGACACGCUGGAGACCUGUCUAUUUGAAGGAGAUGAGUGGGAGGAGGGCGGGGCUGAGGCGGGUGAGGGUGUGGUCAGCGCUGCCUCCAUAGCGUUCAGUUUCCUCCUCAAACAGAGUUACAUCUGUGCUCUGAUAGCCAUGAUGGCGUGGUCAAUCACAUACGUAUCCUGGCUCACCUGCGUCCUGCUGCUGUGGUCAUGUGUUCUCUGGAUGAUGCGAGAGCGUCGCCGCUACACGCUGAUGUCAUCACCCUGGCUGGUUGCCUAUGGCAACCUGUUGGUCAUCCUGCAGUACGUCUACAGCUUCCCCCCAAUUCAGGAAGUCCCAGGACUGUUUCCAAAAAAAGACGCCCCCUGCAGGGAGCUCGUCUCCAAGCUCUUGUGUCUCGUGACCUUCUGGCUGCUGUUGCGUCAAACCAUGACUGAGAAGAAAGACAGAGCGACAGAGACACAGCUGUCCACCAUCACUGUCCAUAUGGAGGCUGAGACCAAGGAGGUGUCAUAUGAGGAGGUUCUACUCAUGGGGGCCGGAUCUGGAGGAGGAGUCCAAAUGGAGGCUCUGGUUGCCGUGGUAACCAGGAUGUUCAUUAAAUACUGGAUCUACGUCUGUGGAACAAUGUUCUUCUUCGUCAGUUUUGAAGGAAAAAUUGUUCUUUAUAAAGUCAUCUACAUGGUUAUGUUCCUGUGCUGCGUCGCCCUCUACCAGGUAAACUGCAGUGCUGCAGGUACCAGAAGUUCUGCUCUCAUACACCUGUUCACCCGUCUGUCUGUCUGUCUGAAGCUAAACUACGAGCGCUGGCGAGCCUUGCUGAGAGGAUUCUGGGUAGCUGUGGUGGUUUACUCCAUGCUGGUUCUGAUCCUGGUCUACACCUUUCAGUUUCCUUCAUCCCCUCAUACCUGGAGUUACUACACUGGACUCAGUACUCACAGGUUGGAGGACAUUGGUUUGGAGAAGUUCUCGGUCUCAGGACUUUUCACCAGGAUCUUUAUUCCUACUGCGUUCUUACUGGUGUGUAUCGUCCACCUUCACUACUUUCAUGAGUCCUUCUUACAGCUGACUGACCUGAAGACAGUGGUUGACACACACAACAGCACCAUCACUAGGUUGGUCCACUCUGAUGGCAGCCUGGUUGACCUGUCAGUGUGUGGAGCUCCACAGCUCCUCCUGGAGGAAGAGAAGAGAAAAGACCAGAUGGAGACAGAGGUGGAGACAGAAGAUGAGUGUGAGGAGGAGGAGGAGGAGGAGGACUACCCCUGUGGGUUUGACAGGGAAACCCUGUUUGACCACAGUGCAGUGCUGGUGUCUUGGAGGUUGGUGGUAGAUCGUCUCGCUGUGUUGUUCCUGCGCCUCCUCUUCUCCUUGCAGCGCCUACAGUGCCUCCUGUGGUGGUUUCUGGAAUUACACAUCAUGAAGAUUGUGUCCUGCUACAUCAUCUGGGUUUCUGUGAAGGAGGUGUGUGUCUUUAACCUGCUGUUUGUGUUCUGUGUGGGCGUGGCUCUGCCAUGCAGGCCGUGGCGCCCCCUGCUGUCAGGAGUGUGUACAGUGUGGACGUGUGUGGUGACCGUCUGUAAGAUGUUGUACCAACUCAACGUCGUUCAGCCAAUCAAAUACUCGUCCAACUGCAGCAUGCCAGACAACUCCAGCAUCGAUCUAUCUACUUCUGUUUUAUACUCUGGUCCUGUUGACCCCGCCCAGUGGGUGGGGCUUCGAAAGACGGAUGGAAAACUGCUCGACUACCUGAGACACAACCUGAUGAUGUUAGCGUUGUUAGCGUUUGAAGUGACCGUUUACAGACACCAGGAGCUUUACCGCCUCCGCCAUAACAAAGUCCCGCCCCCCACCAGAACGCUGUUUCAGGACAUUACCAGACAACAUCUGGAUAACAACGUGCUCAGCUGUGUCAAAUACUUCCUCAACUACUUCUUCUACAAAUUUGGACUGGAGACCUGUUUCCUGUUGGCGGUUAAUGUGAUUGGUCAGCGGAUGGAUCUGUUUGCCGUGGGCCAAGCCCUCGGCCUCAUCACUGUCCUAUCACAUCGCAGGAGGAGGAGCAUUGCUGCAGUGUGGCCCAAAUACUGCUACUUCCUGUCUGGGCUGCUGUGUUUGCAGUACCUGCUGUGUAUGGGAUUCCCUCCUGCGGCCUGUAAAGAUUAUCCGUGGAGACCUCCGUCCUCUCACAUGGACUCUAACGUGGUCAAAUGGCUUUUUCUCCCCGAUCACCUGACUCCACCAAACCCCCUCUUCCUCCUCUAUGACUUCCUGCUCCUGUUGGGGGCGUCGCUGCAGCUGCAGGUGUUUGAGGAGGAGCUUCAGCCAACAGUAAAAGUCCUCGCAGGAGACAACAGCGAGCUGGACGAAGACGACGCUCAGAUCUGUGAUGUCAUCAGACAACUGCGUCUCAACACGGUCCCUGAUUUCAUGCUGUGCCGGUCUUACCUGGACAUGAUGAAGGUCAUCAUUUUCAGCUACAUGUUCUGGUUUGUACUCACCGUCAUCUUCAUCACAGGGACCACCAGGAUCAGUGUCUUCUGCAUGGGUUACCUGGUGGCCUGUUUCUACUUCCUGUUGGUGGGCGGAGAUUUGCUGCUGAAACCAGUAAAAUCCAUUCUGGUUUACUGGGACUGUCUGAUAGGCUACAACGUGUUUGUCAUCACCAUGAAGAACAUUCUGUCGAUCCUGGCCUGUGGUUUCAUUAAAUCUCUUGUGUUGAAUCACUGUUGGUUGAUCCAGCUCUUCAGUCUGGCCUGUACCAUCAAAGGAUACACCAAGCCGGAGCAGCAGAGCAGUAAACAGUGUGAGUUGCCGAGCGACGAGGCCGGUAUCAUCUGGGACGGGGUCUGUUUCUGUUUCCUGUUGUUACAGCGCAGAGUUUUCAGGAGUCACUACUUCCUGUAUGUGGUUCUGGACCUGAGGAACACACAACUGCUGGCCUCCAGGGGGGCGGAGCUCUUUGAGGCGUCCACAGUGAAAGCUGUCAGAGCAAGACUGGAAGUAGAGAAGACGUCCAUGGAUCUGCUGAAGAGACAGAUGGAGAGAAUAAAGUCUCGACAGCAGAAGUUCCGCAGAGGAAAAGAGAAAAUGUUGAGUUUAAACCAGGACAGUGUGGGCGGCUAUGACGAUCAAGAGCCGAGGAAGAGUCAGCAACAGAAGCGAUGGUGGAGACCGUGGGUUAACCACACCUCUAUGGUGAGGAGCGGAGACUACUACCUGUUUGAGACGGACAGUGAGGAAGACGAGGAGGACGAGAAGAAGGAGGAGGACAAAAGGGAGAAGGAGGAGCCUCCUGAGAAGUCCGCCUUCCAGUUUGUUUAUCACGCCUGGAUCACAGACUCCAGGACAGCCAUGAGAGCGCGUCACAGCCAGAGGAAACAACACAAGAAAACGUCUUCUGUCGGGAGGAAGGACGAGGACAGAGGACGUGAGGACGAGGACAGAGGACGUGAGGACGAGGACAGAGGACGUGAGGACGAGGUCAGAGGACGUGAGGAUGACGACAGAGGACGUGAGGAGAAGGAGAGAGGAGGUGGCGUCAUAGAGGUGAUGGAGGAGGAGGAGGGAACAGAGACAGCUCUUCACCGGUUCUCCAACACACUGCGGUUCUGCUGGGUUCUGCUGUCGGCUCUGCUGGACUCUCUGACCACGUGGCUCCGUGGUCUUUGUCAGGAACACAUCGACAUCUCCACCGUCCUGAGAAUUGAGCACUGCAUGCUAACACACCAGGCUAAACAGGGUCAUUUACCGAGCAGAGAGGCCAUCAAUGUUUACUACCAGGAGCAGAUGAUGAAGGCGUCCAGAGAGUCCGGUCUGGACUGCAGGGAUGAGACACAUGAAGAGGGAGUGAGUCCUGAUACAGAUGAAGAACUAGACCCAGGAGCAGGUGGUCUGGCAGAUUCACAUAUUGAAAGCGGUCAAGAGAGAGGACCAAGAGGAGAUAAUCCAGGUGAACCAGACUCUGAACCGGCACUGGAGGCGACGGUAGAAAGAGACUGUGUAUGUGGUUCAAACACAGAACCAGGACCAGGACCAACAAGUCCUUAUCAACCACAAGACUCAGCAGAACCCGCACCUGAACAUAUCAUCACUAAAACCAGCCAAAGACCGCGACCUAAACUGUCUCGGAUGGACUGGGUGGACUCGUCUUAUUCAGAGGAAGAGGAGUGGAGUGCGAUACAAAGUGGUGAAGACAAGAACCAAGCACACACCGCUGCCUCCUCCACCUCCUCCCUCAUCCUCCCCCCUUCUUACAGCACUGCCCUUGGACUGGAUCUUCAGGCUGAGGAUGGAGAGAGAGAGAGGGAGAGGAGGGGGGAGAUCUGUGACUUCCUGUCUGACUCAGCCACCACUUCCUGUCUACUGGUGCCUCGCACUCAGGAGCUGACGGCCAGUGAGCUGCUGAGGAACAGAACAUUCUAUAACGACGAGCUGGAGGCUUCCGACUGUUUCUAUGACAACCAACCACAGCUGCUGCAGCUGUGCUAUGCCCUCUGGAACAUCCUGGCAGCCAGGUCAGAGACAGUGUGUUACCUGGUCAUUGUGUUGAACCACAUGGUAUCAGCCAGUUGUCUCACGCUGGUACUCCCUGUUCUGGUGUUUCUGUGGGCCAUGUUGUCCGUCCCUCGACCCAGUAAAACCUUCUGGAUGACAGCCAUCAUCUACACCGAGGUCACGAUCGUCAUCAAGUAUUUCUUCCAGUUUGGUUUCUUUCCAUUUAACCAAAAACUGGAGGUGGACCGUUCCAAACCGUUCCAUCCCCCUAACAUUCUGGGAGUGGAGAAGAAAGAAGGUUACGUUCUGUAUGACCUUCUACAGCUGCUGGUGCUAUUCUACCACCGAGCUACGCUAAAGUGCCAUGGACUCUGGGACCAAACUGUUCUCAUGGAGACGGACACUUUUAGUCACCAUGAUGACCCAGAGACCUCGACUGACUGUACGUCACCUGGGGGCGUGGCCAACGCACUGCGACAACGAGGCAGGAGAAGAACGCGCUCUAGCUCCACCCAGCUGCGCUCUCCUGCAGGUAGCGUCAGCUCUCAGCCUCAGGUGACCACGACCUUUGACCUCCUGCUGCAGAAACUCAGAGAACUUUCCAUCAGAACCAAACAUUUCUCUGUCAACAGGUGUGUGUCUGUGUACCGUCCAGUGUGUGUGUUCUUCAGAGCUCUGGUUCAGCCAGAAUACAGCGCGGUCACAGACGUGUACGUCCUCAUGUUUCUCGCCGACACCGUCGAUUUCAUCAUCAUCGUCUUUGGUUUCUGGGCGUUUGGAAAACACUCAGCAGCUGCUGACAUCACGUCAUCUCUGUCAGAAGAUCAAGUUCCUGAAGCUUUUUUAGUCAUGGUCCUCAUCCAGUUUGGUACCAUGGUGAUAGACCGUGCUCUGUAUUUGAGGAAAACAGUUUUGGGGAAGUUGGUUUUCCAGGUGAUUCUGGUUUUUGGGAUUCACUUCUGGAUGUUCUUCAUCCUGCCGACCGUUACUGAGAGGCGCUUCAAUCAGAACUUGGUGGCUCAGCUCUGGUAUUUUGUCAAGUGCAUUUACUUUGGACUGUCAGCGUACCAGAUCAGGUCUGGGUAUCCAACACGAGUCCUGGGAAACUUCCUGACAAAGAGUUACAACUACCUCAACCUGUUCCUGUUCCAGGGCUUCCGUCUGGUCCCCUUCCUCACUGAGCUCAGAGCGGUCAUGGACUGGGUUUGGACAGACACAACUCUGUCUCUGUCCUCAUGGAUCUGUGUUGAGGACGUUUAUGCUCACUGCUUUGUCUUAAAGUGCUGGAGAGAGUCAGAGAAGCGGUACCCUCAGCCUCGUGGUCAGAAGAAGAAGCGUGUGGUCAAGUAUGGAAUGGGCGGUCUCAUCGUCCUCUUGUUAAUUUGUAUCGUGUGGUUCCCGCUUCUCUUCAUGUCGCUCAUCAAAUCUGUCGCUGGUGUCGUCAACCGACCGCUCGAUGUUUCUGUGACCAUCACACUGGGAGGCUUCCAGCCCAUCUUCACGAUGAGUGCACAGCAGAACCAGCUCAGAGAUCUGACAGAGACCGAGUUCAGCAGCUUGGUGAACUCGUACAGUUACACACCUAGUGCUUUGCAGUUUCUGGAGGCAUACACACAUGAGGACGUGACAGUGGCGGAGCUGCAGGGCAGCAGCAACUCUCUGUGGACCAUCAGUCCUCCGAGCAGACAUUACCUGAGUCAGGUUCUGCACCUGGACCACUUUCCCCUGACCGUGUCCUGGACCGUGCAGAGGAACCUGAGUCUGGGGGCGAAGGCGGAGCUUGCGUCAGGUAAACAUGUGACCUACCUGGACAACCAGACCCGCCUGGAGCUGAUCGAGCUGCUGAAUGGGACCAGGACACUUCCUGUGGUAAUACAGGAAGUGUUUCCGUGUUUCCUCCGAGCUCCGAGUGACUCCAACGCCAAACCCAUCGAGCCGCUUUACCCCGACGACAGCUACAAGGACAUCCUGCUGGCUCUGGAGAGAUCCACCAAUCAGACCAGAGAGAUUCGUGAGUGGUGGAUCGUUGACCAACCGACUGUCGGCCUGGUGCCACUGCAGGGCGGAGCUUCACUGAAUGACAACAGGGAGGCGGGGCUUCAGCUCUUUGUGUUCAGUGACAAAGUCAGUCCUCCGAGUCUGGGCUUCCUGGCUGGAUAUGGCAUCAUGGGUCUGUACGCGUCCGUGGUUCUGGUGAUCGGGAAGUUUGUCCGAGAAUUCUUCAGCGGGAUCAGUCACUCCAUCAUGUUUGAGGAGCUUCCGUGUGUGGACCGCAUCCUCAAACUGUGCACCGACAUCUUCUUGGUGAGAGAGACAGGUGAGCUGGAGUUGGAGGAGGAGCUUUAUGCCAAACUCAUCUUUCUGUAUCGAUCUCCAGAGACUCUGAUCAAAUGGACUCGGCGCUGACGUGGUUCCUUCAACGAUCCUCAAUUUUUAAUCUUCAGAGAUUAUUCUCCCCAUGUUCUUCAGAUGUUCUCCAUAUGUUCUUUAAACAUCACUGUAAAGAACACAGAAACCAUAAGUCCUUCAUCUCAAGAUUUCAGGAAAUAUUACAGAAAGAUUCCUGGAAUCAUCUGGAACAUCAGUGGAACGUUACCUGGUUGAUGUGAAGCUUAAGAAACCUAAAUGGAUCUCAGGACAGAGUCACUUCAUAGACUGUUGAAGUAUUACAGUAUUAUUGAUUAUUGCAGGGAAGUAUCACACCCUGGAAAACCUGGAAUUAUUUAAUGUGACUUUUAAACUCCUGGAAAUUCACAUUUGUCCAAAUGCUGUGGAAAAUAAUGAUCGUCUGAAAGUAUGUGAUUGGUGUUGCAGUCAUUUUCCAGGACCUGCUCCAGGACCUUUUCAAUGACUUGCAUACAGCUUUACUCAUUUGUUUUCUUCAUGUUUAACCUGUACUUAGAUUGGUAAUACACGAGGAACCCACGUAGAACAACACAGAUGUCAACUGACACCAACAUCCAAUGAGCUCAGUGUAAGUGCUAAAUUAGCUCAGUGUUAGUGCUACAUUAGUUCAGUGUUAGCGCUACAUUGGCUCAGUGUUAGCGCUACAUUAGCUCAGUGUUUGUGUUAAUCAAUAAAUGAAUCUAUAGAGUUUCUCAGGAUCAACAGACUCAUGAAUCAAUCACAGGGGAAGAACUGAAAAUGGCCGCCUGAUCGGUCACAAAGGAAUGUAACACUGGAAUCAGCAGAUUAAGUCCACACUGCCUCCUAGUGACAGAGACAGGAAGUGCAUAAUAUGUGUUGGUAAAGUCAAAACUGUUAACCCAAUAAGAAAGAAACACAGAAUCAGAUCCCUGAACCAGUCCAGAUCCUUCACCCAGUCCAGAUCCUUCCCUGACAUAGCUGCCUCACAGCAAGGUCAUCAGAUCAGAUCCAGGUGAGAUUGGUCACCUGUUCCAUCUGUGUUUGAGCCGAGGGUCUUCCUGUGUGUCCCCGGGUUCUCCAGGUUCCUCCCACAGUCCAAAGACGUGAUAAGAUUAACUCUGAAUUGACUGUAGCAGUGAGCUGUCAGCUGGGAGAUUGGCUCCACCUCCCCUCAUGACCAGCCCAACUUCAAAUGUUAUUGUUAUUUAUUUGGCAAAUAAACUGAAUUCACCUUCAAAAAUUCAGAAACUGAAAAUCAAGCAUAACUAUUCAAUUUCUUUUGGGAAAUCAGUAAAUUUGAAAAUUCAUGGAUAACAAUAAUAAUUAUAUUUUACCAUUAAAAACAUCAUUUUGGUGAAAGAGCUUCCUCAAACUGGUGUAUAAACCAUUACAGGAACAUAGAAAAUGAUUUUGAUCAUUGUAAAGCUGGUUAGUGGUGGUCUGAUACAUCUGUUAAACCGCUGGUUGAAGGAGUGCUGGCAGCAUUCAGGUGUCACAUAUACAGUGUAAGAAAAUAAGAGAUGACAAGAACACUGUGGACUGGGAGAGGAUUUCUAACUCCACAAGGUGGCAGUAUUGCAACAUCAUGGAUGUACGCUGUCUUUAACAGGACCUACUUUCAUCCAUCCAUCCAUUUUACACAGUUUUUACUCUCACCUCAUGUUAAGUUUGAUUUCCUGUUGAAACCUUUACUGACACCUGCUGGUGUAAUAAAGUACUGCACUCCAGGUAA